CCACCAGGCGUCAUCACCCUGGACUCCACGAGUGCGCAGCAAUUCUUCCCUGCUCUUGGUGGAAAAAAAACAACAAAAAAAAGCCCCCAUUCACUGCGAAUGCAUACGUGUGCAAUGGGGGGCUGUUUAUGGAGCACAACAAUCAACAUAAAUGUGUGCAUCUGCCGGCUUCGUGCGUCGGUACCGUAGCGGAGUUUGGACGCGUACAAGCCCGCUGGAGCGCCGCUCGUCUUCGGCCAACAGCUGCCGUAGCCAUCGCCGAUUUCUGGACCCAACAUGGCUGAUGACGACAGCGAGUGGGUCGUGGAGAGCAUCGUGGGCUACCUGGGAAGUCCCGAGUGGGUAAUCCCAGUCACGGAUUUCAUGGAGCACAAAUGCACAGUGUUUGAUGAUGAAGAUGAAAAUAAGUUAGCGUACACGGAAAUCCAUCAGCAGUAUAAAAAGUUGGUUGAGAAGCUACUGGAGAAUUACAUGCAGGAUGUGGGCAUCAAUGAGCAGCAGUUUUUGGAUGCGUGCACCUCCCCUUUUGCCAAGUCCAAAACGGUGCAGUCUGUGUUCCAGCCAGUCCUGGCCACAGAUGACUUCCAAAUUUUUCGCUCGCUGAUGGUCCAGAAGAACAUGGAGCUGCAGCUUCAGGCUCUGCGGGUCAUUAAAGAGAGGAACGGAGCGCUCCCCGAUUGCUUGACUGAUGGCGACGACGUGAUGACAGAGCUGCAGCAGCAAGAGAUGAAGAUCCUGCAGGAGGUCCUCAAAAAGUCCAAAGAGGAGUACGAGGAGGAAAUGUCAUGGAGGUUGCUGCUGGACGAGGAGCGUGCGUGUUCGACAUCCGCCGGCGAAGCACAAGAUGGCGUCUCUGCCCAGGCUGACAAGAGUGACACAAAUGCCCACCAAGCACAAACGAUGAAUGGGAAGAGUGCAGCCGCGCAGUCCAAUCAGGUCAACGGUAAAGCAUCCGAAAAAGCCGAGAUCAAGUUGGCUGUCGCGUCAGAUGUGAAGAAGCGUUUAGAAAAAAGCAGCUCGUCGUCUUCUUCUACACAAACCUCUGGCGCCGUCAAUCUGAGCGCGGAGCCUCGAGUCCCGCCACCCGUGAAAGCACCCAUCAGCUCCGAGCAAGCUUGGCUGGAGGAGGCACACAGGGAGGCCGGCUUUGCUCAGCCUUAUAACGAGCUGUCGGCGUCGCAACAGGAGCGUCUCCAGCAGAGGGCGUCCUACUUGCGCGAGCAGCGCGACAAACUGCACGCUCUCAAGAAAGACCGCACCACCAAGCAGACCACCGCCCCCGACCGGGAGACACCUUGCUCUCCUUCCUUGCCCGCGCCUCCUCCUCCUGCCUCCGAGAUUUCGACGGAGGAACGCAAGAAGCUGCAGAAGAGAAAGCACCUGGCCGACAAGCUGAAGGAAGAAGUCAUCAAGAAAUGAGCUCCGUGUGCAAUACGAAUGCAGUCGCAUGUAUUUCUUUUCACACAAGUGGUAAUGCUCACCUUUGUGCUCCCGUUAGACGCAGUAGCCUCACAGAGAUCUUCCUGGAUGAGAGACGAGCCGCUUUCACAGUUUGGGCGGUAGAACUGGGAUUGAGUCACUUGAUCCUUCCGGAGUGCGUAUUGACACGGCCGUUGCAGCUUAGCGCAUUUGGAUAAUUAUUUGCCACGUGAAGACAGUUGACUUGGGGGCAGGACAACAAGCUAGCUUGGAUGCCAAUUCGAUCCGGCUCCACAUAACCAUUUUCGAUGCUGUAUUUUGCAUUGAACCGCAAAACCAUGGCGCGUUUGUCGGCUGAGAAGCGGUUGCUUGUAAAUAUUCUAAAAGGCUGUGUGAAAUUCUAAAUUAUAGUUGAGUAUUAUUGUUGCAAAAUGGAUAUACAGCGGUACUGUAUAGCGGAGGGCUGCACGAUAUUGGAAAAAAACAUCUAGCGAUAGAGUGCGAUAUUAUUGCAAAUGAUAUUUUGCGCAGCCCUAUUUUCGACCAUUUGCGAGUACACAGACGGCAACAGGCCAAAACCGAGGCAGUACUUAAAGAGGGGCCAGUGUGAAGGCGGCUACAGACUGUUGUACAAAAAGAUGAGCCGCAUGUUUGCCACCCCUUGCCCUAGAACCAUCUUGGCCCCCGCAACUACGUUCGUUUCAAUCGUGUCGCAAGAACUACAUUGUGUAAACUGCAUGUAGAGGUGUAGAUUGCAACAGUGCACCUGCAUCAGUAGAUGCUUGGCCCCGAUGUUAACGUUGUACCAGUAAUCUGCUCGUGCUUUGACAUGUGCGUUUUUUGUGCAGAAUGGGAAUCAAUGGCGUAAGAAUAUACAAUACUUUUUAAGCACUUGAUGACGCACCAUUAAGUACUCACGCAAUACUCGACAUACUAUGCUCUUGAAUAUAAUCACCUUUUGUAAAGUGGACUCGGGUCAUGUUAUGCUUUUUUUCUCCGGUUCCACGACAGAAGUGGUACCAGGGAUAGGGUACCGGUCUGAAAUGUACCCCCGUUUUAACAGUUUCCACUUUGUCAAGUGUUCCCCACCCCCACCGCCUUCACUUGCUUCCCAGGCAUGCAGAGCAUAAAGAUACAACCUUUGGUCACGUAAAUAAGA